AUGGCCGCCCCCCGCCCGGCGCACGGCUGCGGCAGCGGGGCUCUGCUGGGGCGCUUCGGGGUGCUGCUGCAGGCGCUGCUGGCUCUCUGCGCCUUCAGCACCCUCAUGCUAAAACGAUUUAAGGAACCAAAGGCAGAGAGGCGUCCCUGGAGGAUAUGGUUUUAUGAUACCUCCAAGCAAGCAAUAGGUGCCCUCUUCAUCCACUUUGCCAAUGUUUUCCUGUCAGAUCUCACUGAAGAGGACCCUUGCUCUCUCUACCUUAUUAAUUUCAUCCUUGAUGCCACACUGGGGAUGCUGCUGAUCUGGCUGGGUGUGAAAGUUGUCUCCUGGAUCGUGCAGAACAAGAAAUACACCUACUUGGUCUUUGGAGAGUAUGAUGAUGUGGCUGGAGGAUGCCUGCACGUGGCUCCAUCUGCAUCGUUCAGGCACUCUGGGCUGGUGGCAGAUGGCUCAAAACAACCCGUGGUAGCUUCAAGUGUGGAAUUGGCUCCUGAGAGUGAGGUGUUGCUCUCUCCAGACAUGGAUUUUGAUCAGUCUGAAAGCGACCAGGACACCUCAGGACUCCAUGGAACCAACCAGAAGAUGAAGCAGCCCAGCUAUCAAGUGGUCAUCUGACAACACUGGGACAAGGGAGGUGGAGGAAGGAGCAGCACUGUGAUCCUUGGGCUGGCCAAGGAAGGGCAGGGUGGGGAAUGCUAGUUGAUCCCUGUGGAUCUGCAGAGAUCCUUUUGCCUGCCUCGUCUAGACCUGUCCUGCAGUUGUUUCUGGGAUGUUAUCCGUGCAUCCUGUACAGGCUUGAGCAGUAUCUGCUUUCCCUGUGUUCCCCUAAUCUGUACACACGCAGGCAUGUUGAGAUUGGGGUAUGAAUAUGUACUUUUCCUGGCUGGCCAGCUGGGUGUGACUUUUUUUUGUCAAGGCUAGAGAAAGAAAUCAAGAUUGUUUGCUUUUUUAUAGAAAAAGAAAAAAAAGACUAUUCUCUGCUACCUGAACUGUGACACUUUUUAUAUGCACAAUGCUCAAAAGAAUUGGUUUGCAAUAUGUAUUUAAAUGUCUUGAAUUGGGAAGAUUGUCUCAGUGGAUCUGAUUAUUUUUUACUGUUUUAUAAGGAAUACAAUAAAUAUUUGACCUAAAA